AUGGCCUGGAUCUGGAUGGUCCCCGUGGCGGGAGCCGUGCUCCUGUGGGCGACCUCUCUGGGGCGGAUCCUCUCCUACCCUGCGCCGUCCUGUGUGCCCCCGAGCCCGCAGUUCAUGCCCCCUCUCCGCGGCGACAGGAGGAGCCGGAACGUGCUGCUGGUCGUCGCCCACCCCGACGACGAGUCCAUGUUCUUUGCUCCAACCAUUCUUUUCCUCAAGUCAAAAGGUCACAAUAUUCACAUUCUGUGCAUGUCCCGAGGUAAUGCUGAUGGUCUCGGAAAUACUCGUAGAGAAGAAUUGUACCAUGCCUGUGACACCCUUAAGAUUCCACACGAACAAGUUAAAGUCUUGGACCACCCGAAAUUGCAGGAUGGAUUUCAUGAGAAAUGGGACCAUGGGCUAGUAGCAGAACUUACUAUGGAGCAUGUCCAACUAUGGGCCAUUAACAUGAUUGUGACAUUUGAUUCAUAUGGAGUAUCAGGGCACCCAAACCACAAAGAUCUUCAUCACGGCAUAUGCAAGUUUCUCCAUGCAAACAGGCAAGGAAACAUUGAAGCUUGGGAACUAGCAAGCCUGAAUAUUCUUCGCAAGUACAGUGGUCCGGUUGACAUAUGGCUUUCUUCGUUGAUAUCCUUCUCAAGGUCAAAGCAAUCAAUCUAUACUCUAGUUAACAGUAGACCGUCCAAAAGCUAUGAGGCAAUGGCUGCACACAGAAGUCAGUGGGUUUGGUUUAGAAGAUUGUUUGUCAUCUUCUCGAGCUAUACUCCGCUGAUCCCCAAAACCGUGCUUGACCUUAUUGAUAGCCGGCGUAGGGCCUUCCUGUGGACUGGGGGAAGUGAUAAAUGUAAUGGUUCUCAGUGCCUAAUCUCUUGGGACCGAGUCUGCCUCUCCAAGGAUGCUGGUGGUCUUGGUGUCCGCAAUCUGGAAGAUCAGAAUCAUUGCCUCCUCAUGAAAUUGGUCUAUAAACUACUUGGUCCUGAUGAUCUUCCAUGGAAACAAUGGUUUAUGGGAUGUCCUCACUCAUGGCCUCGAGGCCACCCCCAUCCCCGGCUUACAAACCAGGCGCAAGCAGAUUUGGAGCUGCUCCGCUCUUUGUUGGUCACUGUCUCCCUCAACGACUCCCCGGACCGCCGGCUCAUGGACGCCCCGGGGAGCCAUCCUUUCUCGUCCCGUGAAGCCUACCAUGCUCUCCAUGCCGGAGACCCCGUACUCCUUGGCCCGCAACUAAUCUGGGGCUGCAGGUUCCCCGGGAAGCUAAAAUUCUUUGGCUGGCUUGUCCACUUCGAUAGAAUCAACUCUAGGGCAAGUUUGUUUUGGAAAAACAUCCGGCCGCUGGACGAGUGCUUCUGUCCGAGCUGCCCCGGAGUUCUGGAAACAAGUGACCACAUCUUCAUCGUUUGCCCAAAGGCAACCAGCGUCUGGAGCCGACUCAACAUUGCUGUACAAGCUGGCGACCAAACAGCGCCCUGA